GCUAGAGCAUAAUAUUCUGACACUCGCCUCCCCGCGCGUGCCCCUCUCUCCUCACCUCCAAUGCUCUUCGAUCGCCAACCUUGCACGUGCCCCUCUCUCCUCACCCUGCGUGGGCUCCCCUCUCCUCACCUUGUGUGCUCCCCUCUCCUCACCUUGCGUGCUCCCUCUCCUCACCUUGCGUGCUCCCCUCUCCUCACCUUGCGUGCUCCCCUCUCCUCACCUUGCGUGCUCCCCUCUCCUCACCUUGCGUGCUCCCCUCUCCUCACCUUGCGUGCUCCCUCUCCUCACCUUGCGUGCUCCCUCUCCUCACCUUGCGUGCUCCCCUCUCCUCACCUUGCGUGCUCCCCUCUCCUCACCUUGCGUGCUCCCCUCUCCUCACCUUGCGUGCUCCCCUCUCCUCACCUUGCGUGCUCCCCUCUCCUCACCUUGCGUGCUCCCUCUCCUCACCUUGCGUGCUCCCUCUCCUCACCUUGCGUGCUCCCCUCUCCUCACCUUGCGUGCUCCCCUCUCCUCACCUUGCGUGCUCCCCUCUCCUCACCUUGCGUGCUCCCCUCUCCUCACCUUGCGUGCUCCCCUCUCCUCACCUUGCGUGCUCCCCUCUCCUCACCUUGCGUGCUCCCCUCUCCUCACCUUGCGUGCUCCCCUCUCCUCACCUUGCGUGCUCCCCUCUCCUCACCUUGCGUGCUCCCCUCUCCUCACCUUGCGUGCUCCCCUCUCCUCACCUUGCGUGCUCCCCUCUCCUCACCUUGCGUGCUCCCCUCUCCUCACCUUGCGUGCUCCCCUCUCCUCACCUUGCGUGCUCCCCUCUCCUCACCUUGCGUGCUCCCCUCUCCUCACCUUGCGUGCUCCCCUCUCCUCACCUUGCGUGCUCCCUCUCCUCACCUUGCGUGCUCCCCUCUCCUCACCCUGCGUGGGCUCCCCUCUCCUCACCUUGCGUGCUCCCCUCUCCUCACCUUGCGUGCUCCCUCUCCUCACCUUGCGUGCUCCCCUCUCCUCACCUUGCGUGCUCCCCUCUCCUCACCUUGCGUGCUCCCCUCUCCUCACCUUGCGUGCUCCCUCUCCUCACCUUGCGUGCUCCCCUCUCCUCACCUUGCGUGCUCCCCUCUCCUCACCUUGCGUGCUCCCCUCUCCUCACCUUGCGUGCUCCCCUCUCCUCACCUUGCGUGCUCCCCUCUCCUCACCUUGCGUGCUCCCCUCUCCUCACCUUGCGUGCUCCCUCUCCUCACCUUGCGUGCUCCCCUCUCCUCACCCUGCGUGGGCUCCCCUCUCCUCACCUUGCGUGCUCCCCUCUCCUCACCUUGCGUGCUCCCUCUCCUCACCUUGCGUGCUCCCCUCUCCUCACCUUGCGUGCUCCCCUCUCCUCACCUUGCGUGCUCCCCUCUCCUCACCUUGCGUGCUCCCUCUCCUCACCUUGCGUGCUCCCCUCUCCUCACCUUGCGUGCUCCCCUCUCCUCACCUUGCGUGCUCCCCUCUCCUCACCUUGCGUGCUCCCCUCUCCUCACCUUGCGUGCUCCCCUCUCCUCACCUUGCGUGCUCCCUUCUCCUCACCUUGCGUGCUCCCCUCUCCUCACCUUGCGUGCUCCCUCUCCUCACCUUGCGUGCUCCCCUCUCCUCACCUUGCGUGCUCCCCUCUCCUCACCUUGCGUGCUCCCCUCUCCUCACCUUGCGUGCUCCCCUCUCCUCACCUUGCGUGCUCCCCUCUCCUCACCUUGCGUGCUCCCCUCUCCUCACCUUGCGUGCUCCCCUCUCCUCACCUUGCGUGCUCCCCUCUCCUCACCUUGCGUGCUCCCCUCUCCUCACCUUGCGUGCUCCCCUCUCCUCACCUUGCGUGCUCCCUCUCCUCACCUUGCGUGCUCCCCUCUCCUCACCCUGCGUGGGCUCCCCUCUCCUCACCUUGCGUGCUCCCCUCUCCUCACCUUGCGUGCUCCCUCUCCUCACCUUGCGUGCUCCCCUCUCCUCACCUUGCGUGCUCCCCUCUCCUCACCUUGCGUGCUCCCCUCUCCUCACCUUGCGUGCUCCCUCUCCUCACCUUGCGUGCUCCCCUCUCCUCACCUUGCGUGCUCCCCUCUCCUCACCUUGCGUGCUCCCCUCUCCUCACCUUGCGUGCUCCCCUCUCCUCACCUUGCGUGCUCCCCUCUCCUCACCUUGCGUGCUCCCUUCUCCUCACCUUGCGUGCUCCCCUCUCCUCACCUUGCGUGCUCCCUCUCCUCACCUUGCGUUCUCCCUCUCCUCACCUUGCGUGCUCCCCUCUCCUCACCUUGCGUGCUCCCCUCUCCUCACCUUGCAUGCUCCCCUCUCCUCACCUUGCGUGCUCCCUCUCCUCACCUUGCGUGCUCCCCUCUCCUCACCUUGCGUGCUCCCCUCUCCUCACCUUGCGUGCUCCCCUCUCCUCACCUUGCGUGCUCCCCUCUCCUCACCUUGCGUGCUCCCUCUCCUCACCUUGCAUGCACCCCUCUCCUCACCUUGCGUUCUCCCCUCUCCUCACCUUGCGUGCUCCCCUCUCCUCACCUUGCGUGCUCCCCUCUCCUCACCUUGCGUGCUCCCCUCUCCUCACCUUGCGUUCUCCCUUCUCCUCACCUUGCGUGCUCCCCUCUCCUCACCUUGCGUGCUCCCCUCUCCUCACCUUGCGUGCUCCCCUCUCCUCACCUUGCGUGCUCCCUUCUCCUCACCUUGCGUUCUCCCCUCUCCUCACCUUGCGUGCUCCCCUCUCCUCACCUUGCGUGCUCCCCUCUCCUCACCUUGCGUGCUCCUCUAUCCUCACCUUGCGUGCUCCUCUAUCCUCACCUUGCGUGCUCCUCUAUCCUCACCUUGUGUGCUCCUCUCUCCUCACCUUGAGGCCUCCUCUCUCCUCACCUUGCGUGCUCCUCUCUCCUCACCUUGCGUGCGCCUCUCUCCUCACAAUACAUGCGACCAUACUGGAUUAAAGGGAGGGACCGGGCGCCCACGUUUCCUCACUCGGGAAUCCCGUGCACACGCACACGUUUCUCCUCCCAGCGCGCGCACCUGCCUGGUAAGCCCGCGCGAGAUCCUCUCGCCUCCCGCGUGCGCUCUUCUCGCCACUCGCGCGGCAUCCUAUCGCCCCCCCGCACGCGCUCCUCUUGCCUCCCCGCGCGUCCUCCUCUCACCAUCCCUAGCGUGCUCCUCUCGCCUCCCCUCACGUGCUCCUCUCUCCACACCAUGCGUGCACCUCUUUCCUGUACCUCGCGUCCUCCUCUCUCCUCACCUCGCGUCCUCCUCUCUCCUCACCUCGCGUCCUCCCCUCUCCUCACCUUGCGUGCUCCUCUCUCCUCACCUCACGUCCUCCUCUCUCCUCACCUCACGUCCUCCUCUCUCCUCACCUCACGUCCUCCUCUCUCCUCACCUCGCGUCCUCCUCUCUCCUCACCUCGCGUCCUCCUCUCUCCUCACCUUGCGUCCUCCUUUCAACUCACCGCGCGUCCACCUUUCUACUCACAUUGCGUCCUCCUUUCCUCCAAAUCACCAACAGUGAGGAUCUAGGAGGCGUGAGGGACUUCACCUUCUCUUUCCACGCUGCCUCCGCGUCUCGCGACAGCCUCCGUUGGCGUCGCUGA